CGCCCCUGCGCAUGACGUCAGCACGCCUCGCGCGUCGCGUCGCGGCGCUUGCUGGGGGCCCGGCUUUCGCCCGCUGCUGCCGCCGCCGCCGCCGGCCGCGGCUGCUCUCCCAAGAUGGCGGCUCCUCCGGGCGAGUACUUCAGCGUUGGGAGCCAGGUGUCGUGCCGGACGUGCCAGGAGCAGCGGCUGCAGGGCGAGGUGGUAGCCUUCGACUACCAGUCCAAAAUGCUGGCUCUAAAAUGUCCCUCUUCUAGUGGAAAACCCAACCAUGCAGACAUCUUGCUUAUAAACUUACAGUAUGUUUCAGAAGUGGAAAUAAUUAAUGAUCGGACAGAAACCCCUCCUCCCCUAGCUUCACUCAAUGUUAGUAAGCUUGCCAGCAAAGCACGGACGGAGAAGGAGGAGAAGCUGAGCCAGGCCUAUGCAAUCAGCGCUGGUGUCUCCCUGGAGGGCCAACAGCUCUUCCAGACCAUUCACAAGACCAUUAAAGACUGUAAAUGGCAAGAAAAAAACAUUGUAGUCAUGGAAGAAGUUGUUAUUACACCCCCAUAUCAAGUGGAAAAUUGUAAAGGCAAAGAGGGGAGUGCACUGAGCCAUGUACGCAAAAUAGUUGAAAAACAUUUUAGAGACGUGGAAAGCCAAAAGAUACUGCAGCNUUCACAAGCCCAACAACCACAGAAGGAGGCUGCUCUGUCAUCCUGAGUCCACAAACAGGGAGGACUCUUCCAGCAUCCAGCCACAGCGAUGGUGGUGGUGGCUUCAGUGGAGGCCGGCCNGGGGAGGGAAGGGAUCCUAUAUUUCCUGCUGACUCUUAUUAGGGUCAGUGUUUCAAAAAAAAA